AUGCCGGAGGAAGUGAAGCAAAUGGCAACUAAAAGACUUAAUCUUGUGGCAAUUGAGGAAAUGAAGCCAAUACUUGUUGAAAAUUCAAAGCCCGUGCCGAUUGAGAAUUUAGAGUUGCCAAUAGCAAAGCGCAUCAAAGGCGACACGAUGGGGCGUUCUUGUCCAUUCUGCAGCAACAAGAAGCAAGUUGCAGCCAGCUGCUCGAAUCAGUCUUGUAAGAAGUGUUGUCUUGCGCGUGAGAAAAUAUGUCCAACCCAUCCUAAAGAGGUGGAGAAAAGUGAGGCCAUGAUUACUGAGUUCAAGAAACGCGUUCUGAGAAAUGAGUUUCGCGAGCCUAAUUUCCACUAUUACGGCGAGACCGUGACAAUUUUUUGUGUGCGGGACUUUUUUCAGAGCAAAAAGCUAAGUCAGGGUGUGCUUAACGAUCAAGGGCGUGCAGAACGCGUUAGUGGUAGCACGUGCAGUCGUCGCAAGAAGAGAAAGGCUGUCAAUCCCGAGAUUAAGAAGCUAAUUGCGUCCGCACUAGGCAAAAUCGACUUCAAAAGCAAUAAUUCUGACGCACUUAAAAGGAAUGCAGUCACUGAUACAAAUUAG